UCCAUUAUGUCUUGAGAGGAAAAGAAAUCAAAUUGACGUGGUUUGCUCAUGCAUAUGCUUGCAAGAGCUUUUUGCACUCUGACAGUAGGAUUACGCAACACAAAUGGUAAGAAGCUUCUUCUGGCAGCUUUGCGAAAUGUAUACACACUGGAUUUGUAUACUUUUACAUGGAGUUUCAAUGAAUUUCAUGUUCUGGUUCUGACCUUUAAAAGCACUGACUGAUUACUUUGAAGUCAAACUCUAAUCGACGACAAUGACAGAGAACAAUUCAAACACAAACUGUACCAAAGAUGACUUUAAAUAUGUGUUAUACAGCUCCGUGUUCAGUAUUGUCUUUAUUCUUGGGCUGCUCUUCAACAUGGUGGCCAUGUAUAUCUUUCUUUGCAAACUGAAAAUAUGCAACGAGACCACAACAUACAUGCUGAACCUUGUGGUCUCAGACACCUGCUUCGUUUUCAGCUUGCCUUUCAGGACAUUCUACUUUAUUAACCGACAGUGGCCUUUUGGUAAUGCUCUCUGCAAAAUCUCAGUGGCCUUGUUUUACACCAACAUGUACGGCAGCAUCCUCUUCCUCACAUGCAUCAGCGUGGACCGCUUCUUGGCGAUCGUUCAUCCCUUCGCGUCAAGAACGCUGAGGACCAAGCGCAAUGCUAGAAUCGCCUGCUGUGUGAUCUGGGUGGUUCUGCUGUCGGGAGGCCUAACUGCAAGUUUAGUAAUGGACACCACUUCAUAUACGAACAACAAAACGUACUGUUUCGAAAACUACUCAAAUUCCCAGUGGAAGUCCAAGGUAUCAAAAGUUGUGGUGUUUAUUGAAACUGUGGGCUUCCUGAUUCCGUUGAUGAUCAACUUUACCUGCUCCAUGAAGGUCCUACAGACCUUACGACACCCAGAGACCAUCAGUCGUGGUGGGCAGCUGAACAAGGCUAAGAUAUUACGUAUGAUUGUGGUGCACUUGCUCAUUUUCUGUUUUUGCUUCAUUCCGUUCAAUGUCAAUCUGGUGUUCUACACGCUGGUUCGCAGUCAGGUUAUUACAAACUGCACUGCGGAGUCAGUGGUCAGGACAAUUUAUCCAAUUGCAUUUUGCAUCGCUGUAACCAACUGUUGCUUUGACCCAGUGAUCUAUUACUUCACCUCUGAGACAAUUCAGAACUCUAUUAAACGGAAGUCUUACGCUGUCCGCAAAAGCACGUUAAACAACACAAUUGACGACAGUGUUGAGACGAAUGAUUCGAUGAAUAAAAUCAAAUCUCUUAAAGUUAAACUCCUCAUAGAAGAGUCUACAAUAUAACCAAAUCCAGACAGCAAUUUUUUUUUAAUACCAUUUCAUAUUCAAUUCUAACCUGACAUACGCAGCCAAAGUUAGGAAUUGGUUGGCACAGGACAUAUUGACUGAUAACUUAUUGAAGACUGACUAACUUGCAGAAGUAUGAAAUUUGAGUAUCAUCUUGGUGCUAGAAUGGAUGCAUGUUUACAGGCUUAACUCGACUACCAUUUUCUUUAACAGAUUAUUGAACCUGUAAUUGCAUGAGAACUGUAUAUUACUGAAAUCUGACAAAGAAAAGCCAGUAUUUCUGUACAAAGUGCUAUAUUUAGAGACAAACAACAGAUUAAAUGAGCCUUAAACUUUCAAGCUUAACAUUCACAAAGUCUAAAUGUAUCAUGAAUUGACAAUUAAAACUUUUACAGCA